GUCAUGUUGAUGAUGGUUUGACUAUUUUUCACAUAUACUAUAUCUGAUCUAUCAUUUCUGAACAAGCUCAGGGCUGAGGGACAUUCACAUCACCAAACCAAAAGAAAUCAACAAAGACUACCUCGAUGUCCGAGGGUGAAGGAAACAUGGCCGACUUCACUGAUAAACUGAAACCUGCCGACCCUCAGGGUCCGGAUGUCCUGGCCCAAGAGAGAGCCAGUUCAAGUGUCAACAUUGACCAAUUGGCACAACAUUUGCUGUCGAGAAAUGACUUUCUCGCUCGCCAGAAGAGGAUCCUGUCGAUACUCGAACCCAUUCCUUACUUCUGCAAGAAGAACCAGUUGAACAUGGCCAGACCGGACCGGUAUCACCUGGGGCUGGCUCGGGCAAAGACUCUGAGGAGAUUGUCCCUCAAGCACGGUUGGGACCGCGACGACUACAUCAUGGCAGAUUACUUGACAGACGAGAUGGCCCCCUACGCUCUCCAGGCGACCAUGUUCGCCACUUCGAUCCGAGAGCAGUGCAACGCCGAACAAAUGGCCUACUGGCUCCCCAAGGUCGAGAAUUGGGAGAUUAUAGGUUGCUACGGACAGACCGAACUCGGCCACGGCAGCAACGUCAAGGGCAUCGAGUGCGAAGCCAGAUGGGAUCCAAAAACCAAACAAUUCGACAUCCACAGUCCUACCAUCACCGCGAGCAAAUGGUGGAACGGUGCAUUGGGUCGGACGGCGAACCACGCCAUUGUCGUCGCUCAACUACUGUUGCCAGACGCCAAAGCCGGUGGCCAGUACAGAUCAUACGGCCCUCACCAGUUCAUCGUUCAGAUCCGGGACAUGAAAACCAACAAGCCCCUUGACGGCAUCGUGAUUGGCGAUAUCGGUCCGAAAUACGGCUACCCUGGCAUGGACAACGGCUAUAUGCUAUUCGAUCACCUCAAGGUGCCCCAUUCGGCUUUGCUUUCCAAGUACUCGGGGGUAGACUCGGAGCACGGUACCUACAUCAAACCCGAGAACCCCGCCGUCGUGUACGGCUCGUUGACGUUUGUCCGGGCCCAGAUCAUCAUGCACGCACGAUUGGUUCUAGCCAGAGCCGUGACGAUUGCCGUUCGUUACCUAUCCAUACGGAGACAAUUUGCGGACCGUGAUGCCAGGGAUACUGGUGCUCCCGAACAGGCCGUGUUGAACUAUCCGACCGUGCAAAUUCGGAUCUUACCUCUUCUGGCCACUACGUUCGCCCUACACUACACCGGCGAAGCCAUGUACAAGUUGUACUAUGGUACUCGGGAGGCGAUCGAGAAGAGUGGAGAUUUCUCUCGACUGGCGGAGAUGCAUGCCGCGUCGUCGGGUCUCAAGUCUCUGUGUACGACCCUUGCGGCUGAUGGCAUCGAGACGUGCCGCCGCGCCAUGGGUGGUCACGGCUUUGGAGGCGGCAGUGGUAUGAUCGCCCUCAACAACGAAUACCUGUCCAAGCCGACCGUGGAAGGCGACAAUUGGAUGAUCACUCAACAGACGGCUGCAUAUCUGAUCAAACGAAUGACGGCGGUGGCCAACAGUCCCAGCAUGAAACCCAAGGAGACAGUCGACGUCCAAUUCAAGGAGUUUGUGGCCAACAAGACCAAAACACACGACUAUGACAUUCUCGGUAACGAGAGAGAACUCGUCAAGGCUUUCAAGCAUCGAGCGUCGUACCUGUCGUACCAGGCGUACCACGCGAGGGUGGUCGAGAAGAAGCCUUGGACGAGUUUGAUGAUCCAGCUUCACAGGCUGAGCCGAGCACACUCGGAGAGUCUGCUCGUCUCCAACUUCUACACCGCCGUGUUCGAAUCGACACCUAACCCUCCCCUCGACGCCACCGCGGUCGGUGUCAUGAAGGUCCUGUUCAAACUGUUCGCGCUCUUCACCCUCGACGCGUCCGCUUCCGAGUUCCUCCUCAGCAAGGCUCUGACGGUCGACCGGUUGGCGACGGUCACGCCAGCGAUACAGGAUCUCAUGACGCAGGUACGGCCGCACGCCGUGCGACUCGUGGACGCGUGGUCCGUUCCCGACUACCUGCUCGAGAGCGCCCUCGGCAGCUACGACGGCGACGUUUACAACCGGUUGUACCACAAGGCCCACAAGGAGAACCCGUUGAACAAACUGACCUUCAACCCGGAUUGGAAGACGGAGGAAAUCGUCAUGGGGGAAGGGGCGGAGAACGCGAGGAGAAGACUGGAGGCAUUGGCUCUGGGCACGACAACCGGUCACGAACAGCAGUCUGGGAAUGUCAAGGCGAGGCUGUAGAAGGA